CGUUGACAUAACAUUGCAAACAUAACCCAAGUUUUUCGAUUCAGGCAAAACCUUUAAAAUGGGGUCAAAUGUGACUGAAAAGGCACUCCAAAUGCUAAAAUACCUCCCCCGGGUCUGUUUAUCGAAUCUUAGACCUAGCCCUGGAUCGAAAACUAGCAAAAAACGUGGCCGCGCCCAACAUGGGGGUGACAAACACGGUGCAGGAAAUAAAGGUUCCGGUCAAAGACAAAACUACAUGCGUCUAGGUUACGAAACCGGAAAUAAUCCGUUUUAUUUACGAUUUCCGCAUGAACCCUACUACCAAGGCCACCAUUUAAGGCGCGAGUAUCCUCCGCUCUCAAUGUUGGAUUUGUUGAGAUUGAUAGAAAAGAAUCGUUUGGACACUUCUAAACCUAUUGAUCUAGUUUCAAUAUUAAAUACUGGUAUUUACAAGCUUCUACCAGAUCAGAAACAAUACGGUGUUAAUUUGACAGACGAAGGGGCUGAUGUGUUUAAUGCGAAAGUCAACAUUGAGGUACAGUGGGCUAGUGAGACCGUUAUCGCGGCCAUUGAGAGGGCUGGAGGGGUUAUAACGACUGCGUACUACGAUCAACACAGUUUGCAAGCAAUGAUUAACACGAAGAAAUUUUUUGAAAGAGGUGUACCAAUCCCGAGGAGAAUGAUGCCGCCCCCUGAUGCCAUUGAAUAUUACACUGACCCAACUAAAAGGGGGUAUUUGGCAGACCCUGAGAAAGUUUCACAGGAGCGACUCGUUUUGGCGCAAAAAUAUGGAUAUGAGCUUCCACAAAUUGAGAAAGAUACAGAUUAUGAGAUGCUAACUGAGAGGAAAGAUCCAAGACAAAUUUUUUAUGGGUUGCAUCCAGGAUGGGUGGUUAAUCUCAAGGAUAAGGUUAUUCUCAAGCCUCAAGACAAGGAAUUAGAAAGAUAUUAUGCUAGUUAGACAUGCCUGUAAUAUUGGAGUUAAAAUAAAUAAAAUAUAAAUUA